CCAACCGUAACCCACAAAAGCGCGACUCGGUCGACUCGAACCUCCACUCUCCCAGUAGAUUAGGGUUUGUUCGCACCGUACGAGCGCGAGGAGGUGGGGAAAGGAGAUAGCGAAAACCCUAACUCUCGAGCCAUGGUGAACGUUCCGAAAACAAAGAAAACAUAUUGCAAGAACAAGGAGUGCCGGAAGCAUACCCUUCACAAGGUCACCCAGUAUAAGAAGGGUAAGGAUAGUCUUUCUGCUCAAGGGAAACGUCGUUAUGACCGCAAGCAGUCGGGGUACGGUGGACAGACGAAGCCCGUUUUCCACAAGAAGGCUAAAACAACAAAGAAGAUUGUACUGAAGCUGCAGUGCCAGAGUUGCAAGCAUUAUUCUCAGCAUCCUAUAAAGAGAUGCAAGCAUUUUGAGAUUGGAGGAGACAAGAAAGGGAAGGGGACAUCUCUCUUCUAGAUUUUUUCUCUGUUUGCCAUUUCAGAGUGUUCUCAUUUUCAGUGUUCAAUCAAAAUCACUCUAUGAAGACACAUUCUCUUGACAUUUUGCAGUUGAAGUUGUGUAAACUGAUGCUCGGAUUUUUGACUUAAUAGUAAAAGUCUGAGCUUUUCUUAGAUUGCAUCAGCUAAUGUAGCAAGGUAUUUAUAGUUUGUCAUGCUUGGAUAAUUUGUCGUUGCGAGGUUUGUGAGCUACUAUCUAAGACAUUUCAGUAAUUCAAUAGUAUUUUCUGAGUGUUUGAUUACUACUUCA